GGAGACGUUUUACGCAGGCGCGGAAGACGGGCCGUACGAGGUUAGAAGGCGGGACAGGUCGGCGCGGUGGGGGAGGGGAUGCGGCGUGGCGGGACAGUUCUGGGCGCUGCUUAGCAUAAGGGUGUUUCGUGUAGUUCUCCUAGGUUUCUGUGGUUCGAGACAGCACGGACCUGCCGCCUUAGUUGUUGGGCGACAGGCAGUGCCUGGUCUUGGGGCGCAACGAGAAGAGCCACCCUCAGGCACGUCCGGAGUCGAGAGGUUGUGUCGCGCGUCGAGAGAUUGUGUCACACGUAGAGCCCUCUGGGACUUGUAGUUCUCAAGAUGGAGCAUGCCGCACCGCUCGCGGUGCCUCUGGGUCAGGCUGAGGUAUUUCAGGCCCUGCAGCGACUGCACAUGACCAUCUUUUCCCAGAGUGUCUCCCCCUGCGGGAAGUUUCUGGCAGCUGGCAACAAUUAUGGGCAGAUUGCCAUCUUCAGUUUGUCUGCUGCCUUAAGUUCAGAGGCCAAAGAAGAAAGCAAAAAACCCGUGGUGGUCUUCCACGCCCAUGACGGGCCUGUCUACAGCAUGGUUUCCACAGAUCGACACCUACUCAGUGCUGGAGACGGAGAGGUCAAGGGUUGGCUUUGGGCAGAAAUCCUCAAGAAGGGCUGUAAGGAACUGUGGCGUCGCCAGCCUCCAUACAGGACCAGCCUGGAAGUACCUGAAAUCAAUGCCUUGCUGCUUGUCCCCAAGGAGAAUUCGCUCAUCCUGGCUGGGGGAGAUUGUCAGCUGCACAGUAUGGAUCUGGAAACUGGGGCCUUCACACGGGCCCUCCGGGGCCACACAGACUACAUCCAUUGCCUGGCACUGAGGGAGCGCAGCCCUGAGGUAUUGUCCGGCGGUGAGGAUGGAGCUGUACGCCUUUGGGAUCUCCGUAUAGCCAAAGAGGUUCAGACCAUCGAAGUCUACAAGCAUGAGGAGUGCUCGAGGCCCCACAACGGGCGCUGGAUUGGCUGCUUAGCCACUGACUCAGACUGGAUGGUCUGUGGAGGGGGCCCAGCCCUCACCCUCUGGCACCUCAGGUCUUCCACACCCACUACCGUCUUUCCCAUUCGAGCACCACAGAAGCACGUCACCUUCUACCAGGACCUGAUCCUGUCUGCUGGUCAGGGCUGUUGUGUCAAUCACUGGCAACUGAGCGGGGAGCUUAAGGCCCAGGUGCCUGGCUCCUCCCCAGGGCUGCUCAGCCUGAGCCUCAACCAGCAGCCAGCAGCCCCAGAGUGCAAGGUCCUGACUGCAUCGGGCAACAGCUGUCGAGUGGAUGUCUUUACCAACCUGGGCUACCGAGCCUUCUCCUUGUCCUUCUGACAUCAUGACCCUCUAUUUCAGGGGCUAGAGUGAUGCUUGUGUUUUGGGAUAGGGGUUUUAUACUUUUGCUCAGGCUGGCCUGGAACUCUAUGGCUUAGCUUGGUCUCAAACUCCUGUAUGAGAUUUAACUCUGUGAACCAUUACAUUCAGCUUUUGUUUUCCUAUCAAAAUAAAAUUUUAGACUUUU